CAACGCGGACGCUCAACGCUUUACUCGGCAGUGGUGUGCGCGCGAGUUUGGUCCCGUGUUUGUUCUCGAGCUCGCGGAGUGACGAUUUAAUUUUUUGCCACCAUCGUUUGUUCGUGCGCGCAAACACCUAGGGUAUACCUACGACAUAAUCGACAAUGGGCAGCGAAUUGGGAGACAAGGACGAGAACGGCCUCGACAAGAUGGAAAUACAAAAGCAGCAACAGCCUCCAGGCUGUUUUGGCACACGUCACUUGCAAAUCUUUCUCUGUUUCCUCGGUAUGAUUUUCGGUUACGGUCUUCGAGUCAUCAUCUCCAUAGCCAUCGUCGCGAUGACCAACAAAGACAUCAAUCCGGAAUUCACGACGUACAAUUGGAGCACGUCGGACCAAGGGCUGAUAAAGAGCGCCUUCUUCUGGGGCUACACAGCCGCUCAAAUCCCGAGUGGCUACAUCGCCGGGGCCUGGAGCGCCCAGAAGCUGCUCUGCCUCGGUAUCUUCGUCAGCAGCCUCUCCACGAUGAUCGUACCUCUGUUGAUCGGUACCGGAGGCUGGCCGAUUUUUUGCGUCUUGCGCACGAUCGCCGGCCUCAGCCAGGCUUGCCUGCUACCCGCGGUCCAGACCCUCCUCUCCAGAUGGGCCCCACCUUCCGAGAGGGCCAGACUAGGUACGUUUGCCUACGCCGGUGCCCAGGUGGGCACUGUGAUAACGAUGCCGAUCUCGGGCUGGCUCGCGUCCUCCCAGUUCGGCUGGCCGAGCAUAUUUUACGUUUUCGGUGCUUUGGGGGUGGCGUGGGCCGUUCUGUUCCUGAUCCUGGGCUCGGACCAGCCGGCCCACCACUCGUCCAUCAGCCCGGUCGAGCGCCUCUACAUCGUGGAGAGCCUCGGCAAGAGCCGCAGCAAUGCCAAACUCAAAACCCCGUGGUUAAGCAUAAUGACAUCGAUACCAAUGUGGGCCCUAAUAAUUGCCCAUUGCGCCCAAAAUUGGGGUUUUUGGACCUUACUGUCGGAAAUUCCUUUUUUCAUGAGCAAAGCCAUUGGAUUCGACAUCAACAGCAACGGUUUACUGUCAGCCCUGCCGUACCUGCUGAUGUGGCUGCUCAGUUUCCCGGCCAGUUGGCUCUCGGACUACGCUCUGCGUCGCGGAGUGCCCCGCGGGUACAUCCGCAAGUCCAGCAACACCAUUGCUCACUGGGGUCCAGGUUUCACCCUCAUAGCCCUGACGUUCGUCGACGCGCAGAACAGCACCCUCGCCGUAACUCUGCUCGUCAUCGCCGUGGGCCUCAACGCCGGCUCGCUAUGCGGCUUCCAGAUCAAUCACAUAGAUCUGAGUCCAAAUUUCGCUGGGACAAUGAUGUCGAUCACAAACUGCAUCGCCUCGGUCAUCGCCAUCGUCGCGCCGAUAGUCAACGCCGAGAUAGUCUCGGACCAGACCAACGUGGACCAGUGGCACAUUGUGUUCUAUAUCUCGGCAGGGAUCUACUUUCUGGGCAAUUUGGUGUUCGUUGUGUUCGGAAGCGGUGAGGUCCAGUGGUGGAACGAGCCUGGGCCCCCUUUGUCUGCGUUAAAGGCCGAUCGCAGUAAUAAACGCUCCUACAACAUCUCGACGAUAUCGGCGAUUUACGAGCACUCGGAUGACGCCACCACCACGGCGUACCAAAAGUCUGCCUGAGCCCCGUGACUGUACACAUUUGCGAGAAAUUCAGUUUCGGAAGAUCUUCAUGUUUGGGCCAUUUUUGAUGCCCAUUGCGUUUCAUUUAAUACGAGAGACUGCGACUAAUAUUAAUAAUUAUGAAUUACAAAAGUAGUGUACGGAUGAAUAACUUAAAGAUGAUUUGUGAAGGAUAGGAGGGAUCCGGUUACCAUCAACCGAUUGAAAAACCGAAUGAAGAAGUUAUUUUAACACACAGAACUUGUAAAUACUGUAAAUAUGUUUUGUAAAAAAAGAGGUUUUUGUAUUCAUUAAUUUACUGUAGUCAUGAAAAAAUAACUUUCAGUUCUUUUAAUGCAAUGAACUACAAACCUGGUAAGACGAGGAUGGAGCGAUCCCGAAAAAGUCUAUCUAUGAGUGUAAGUAUACUUAAAGAGCCAAAAACUUGGAUGAAGGAAAACCGAGGGUUUAGGGAAGCGAGGGCUUCAUAUCAACCUCCGCUCAUUUGUGACUCGAUUUAUGUUUGAACACACAUAUAUAAGUCUUCAGCAGCUUUGUGUUCAACCAAUGAAAGUAUUAUGAUACUGUUUUAAAAAUUUAGUUAAUAAUCAUAAUUAUUUCAUCGGAUAAUCAUUGGUACAGAUUAAAAAAUAAAGAAUAACAUACGGUUACACAGUUGCAUUGUGAAGAAAUCAUUUCAAAAAUUUUCCGAAGGAAGCACUACUUUCUGAAGUGUGUUACAAAGCAUUUCACUUUUUUUUUACCAUUUUUUCUCAAGUUACUUG